AUGCCUAGCUAUGCAAAAUUCUUGAAAGAGAUUCUAUCUAAUAAAAGAAAGUUGGAAAAACAUGAGACUAUCCGUCCGAACGAGGAGUACAGUGCAAUUCUCUUGAAAAAGCUACCUCAUAAGCUAAAGGAUCCAGAAGUUUCACGGUAUCUCAGAUUGGAAGAAGCAAAACCUACAACAAUCUCCUUACAUUUGGCUGAUAAAUCAAUUAAACGACCAAUGAAAAUUAUUGAAGAUGUGCUAGUCAAGGUCNUAACCUUUAUUGGGAACUGCAUUCGAUUUCCCAUGGCUCCCCAAAAAGAACAA